AUGGGAAACAUCCUCCUCGGGUGGAUCAAUGUACUACUGGAACAUCUGUCAGAAAGCCCAAGUUUGCUUUCAGUCAGCCACAGGUUUGCAGCCAACGACUUCUGCUUGCCAGCUCUAUCAACCUACAAAAGUCUUGGUCUUCUUUACUCUGGAGUGUUUGGUUCGUUCCCCGCUGGAGCCAAAGGUGCCACCCUCAUCUACACCGACCCCGUCCUGGCCUGUGCCGGCAAGACCAAGGCCCGCAAGGCCCUCAUCGAUCUCCAGUGUCUCCCAUGUGCCCCACCCAAACCGUCAGCGUUAGUGAGACUGAGGCCGGAUCGUUCAUCUACCAAAUAG